CCGGUUAAAAAGUUUCAAGCACAGAACAGACACAAAAACCCCCUUAUAUGUUACAUUUCGAAUCGUAUAUUUUGCUAUAAGCCUGGAAAAAUGGGAGACUCGCACGAUGUCUGCAGGCAGCUGCUGCCGCGCGCAAUCUUCGGCAUCAAUGGCAAGGUGGAGAAUGGAGUGCGCCAGCAUCCGGUCACGGGAUCCAUCAUCUUUGCGCUGGGCAACAAAAUCGGCAUCGCCGACUACAAGAAGAAUACGCAGGAGUUUGUGGCCGGACACACGAACACCAUAUCGUGCCUGGAUCUCAGCAAGAGUGGCAAAUACAUGGCCUCCGGUCAGAUCAAUCACAUGGGCUUCCGCGGCUAUGUGAUCAUCUGGAAUUACGAUCAGCGCAAGGAGAUCGCUCGCCACGAUCUGCACAAGGUAUCUGUGCAGGCCAUCUGCUUUACUGCCCAGGAUAGAUGCGUUGUGUCCAUCGGUGGCGUGGAUGAUGGUUCCGUAAUUGUCUUCGACAUGGAGGCAUUCUCUCCCAUUUGCCAAACACCCGCAUCGAGGGCCAUCUCUGGAAAUGCCUUGACUGUCCGGCCGUUGCACAACAAUCCCUACUUCUUUGUGACCGCCGGCGAUCGCCAUCUGCGUCUGUGGAGCAUCCUGCGUGAGGAGAAGAAGCUGUACGUACAGGAUGUCCUAAUGGCCAGCAAGACACGGGUUUUCUACUGUGCGCGCAUCAAUAAGACGGAUGAGUUUGCCUAUCUGGGCACCGGAACUGGGGACAUUGUAAAGAUCGUGCUCAACUGCUGCGAUCGUGAUCAUGUGAGCAAACAAGGCUCAACCAGCUGCAUCCUCGGAGCCUUCGGCACCCACAAUCCCAGGAAGCCAACGGGCAGGGACUGCAAUCGUUAUGUGAAUGGUGUGCGUGCACUGUAUGUCCUGGAAGGCGGACGUCUGCUGAUUGGAGCGGGAAAUGGUGAUAUAGAGCUGGUGGAGGAGCGUACCGAUGUGCCGCUCAUUAACUUUCGCGAUUAUCCCGGACCCACAUGGCCAUAUUUGCGCACCCUGAAAAAGACGCACGUUUCGGGCAGAAUCUCGUCCUUUGUGCGCUCGAAAACGGACAUGUUUUACAUCUGCACGGACACCAACGAGAUCUAUGGGCUGAAUAUCAAGACUUGGGUGCUCAAGCUGCUGCGAACGUGCCACACCAAAUCGGUCUACUGCAUCACGUUUCCCAAGAACUACUCUGGUGUCUUUGCCACGUCGGGCAAGGAGUGCAUCCGCAUCUGGUCGUCUGGUCGCAAGCAGGAGCUGCUCCGCAUCAUGGUUUACAACUUCAACUGCGCCUGCGUGCGCUUUACCCACGAUGGCACUAGCAUAGUCUCCGUUUGGAACGAUGGCAUCAUUCGCGCCUUCACUCCCAUCACCGGUAGACUCAUCUACGCCAUACCCAACGCGCACAACAAAGGUUGCAGUGCAUUGGCCGUGGCCUCGUCGGGUCGCUUGAUCGUCACUGGCGGCAUCGAGGGACAGGUGAGGGUGUGGAAGAUCGAUCCGUAUCGCCAGGAUCUCGUCGGCGUGCUGAAGGAUCACUCGGGGCCCAUAACCUCGCUGGAUAUCAACUAUCUCGACACCGAAGUGAUCUCCGCCUGCACCGAUGGCUCUUGUGUAAUCUGGGACAUUAAACGCAUGACCCGCAAACAAGUGGUGACCGCUAAUACGCAGUUCAUGUCCGCAUCCUACUUCCCAACUGGAGUGCAAGUGAUCACCUGCGGCUCGGACGGCAGAAUCAUCUACUGGAUGGUGUACAAUGGAGCGUUGAUCAGGGAACUAACUGCGUCCAAGAAAUCGUCGGUCAACUGCUUGGCCAUCAACGAAACGGGUGACUACUUCAUCACCGUGGGCAGCGAUCUGCAGGUGAAGCUGUGGGACUACAACAGUGGUGCUGUGGUGGGCAUCGGAUCGGAGCACGCCUCCUCCGUGAUCAGUUGUGCGUACAGUCCCUGCAUGACCAUGUUUGUCACCGGCAGCACGGACGGAUCGCUGAUCAUAUGGGAUGUGCCGCGUGACUUCUGGGGCAGGCCCAAUCCGCCGGAUGUCACCAAGUAUUCGCUACCAAAGACAUCGUCCAAAACCAGGAUGAGUGACGUGCCGUCGCGGGUGAACUCGGGCACCAAUCUAAAGACGACCAAGGGCGAGAACAUCGAUGGCCUGCUGAAGGCCACUCCCAAGGACGAUCUCUGCUGCGUGGAGUGCCCGCCGUGCGCCAAAAAGGAUACCAAGGGCGUGGAUCCCUAUGCCGAGUGCGGAAUCGUUCCCGAUGUCCGCAAGUGCUGAGAUUUUCCUUUCCAAUUUCUUUUUGUCGUGAAAUAAAGGCAGUUGUCCUUUCUAAGCUUG